AUUGAACGUCGUGAAUGUGAUUCUACUUUGGUCAUGCGAUUUAUUUCGGGGUUUGAAUAAAUAUUAAAAGUGACAGUUUGUGUCUGAGCUAUAUAGGAAAAUAACGAGUAAAUGUUACAAUAAUCGACGCAUUAGUAACGUUAAGAAAGAAAACCAUAUGUUAGCAUUUUUAUUUACUUUUUGUUUUGAAAUGGCUGUUUGUGCCACUUAAACUAAGCAUGGACUUUAUGUUAUGUUGAAAAAAUGCACAAGUCUGGUGUGGUAAAGCCAUGUAAGGACGCAAGGAAAAUCAUAAAUCCGCAGACGACAGCAAUCGGGAAAUGCUUUCCAUUAAACUCCCAGCCACAGCGUAUCGAAUUGCGCAGUUUUCCCAAAUGCGGCCAGCGGUGCUGCGAAGUCCACCUUUUACUGGCUCAACCUCCCAAUACCACCGGACUUCCCUUUUAUCACCUUGAAUAACAAAAAGAGACUCUGUUGUUAAGGGGGAAAAUGUCUCUGCUUUUUCAAAUGUCUUGGGUUACAAGUGGGUGUUUGAAAGCGCCUUCACUAUCAAUGUAUUGGGCGUGUGUUUGAACUGGAAUCCCUGUAUAUGAUUUUCUUACGCAGGUCCGGGAAGGGAGGAGGACGGGGAGGAUGGAUGGAAGGGGAAAGUGGUACAGUGACUGGCAGGUAGCGAAGCGGAAAAGCAGCAAUGCACAUAGCUUUGAUCAAUCCAGAAUCGUACUUUUAGUCUUGAGACGUGGACUGGUUGGAGAAACGGUGAUCAAGGCGAGACCGACCUAAAGGCGGGUUGGGGGCGGAAGCUGCUGUGCGUCUGGCUCACGAAAAGGCUUCAACAGCAUCUGCAGUGGAGCAGAGCAACUAGACCCCACUCCCAAAUAAACAAAUAAUUACGAUGAUAAAAAUAUAAACGACUGGAAGGUAAUUCCGAUGUUCAGGAGAUAAUAUGUGCUUUUCGUAUAGUUGAUGUUUUCCAAGGAGAAAAGCAGGGGAAUCAUCUUUUUGUUUAGUUUUGCUUUGUUUUUUAACUCCAUGCCCGCCGGCGAACAGCAGCCAGACGAGCCGGGAGUAAUGUGACUGUCAUCGCUCCUGCACGACAUUCCGCUCUUCAUUUUUUACCGUAACCAGCCUGGACCUAAACUAUUUCAAUGUAUUUAUUUCUUGUUAUCUUUCUAAUCCACCCUUCCUUUUACUUUUGAAGAGGAUCCGGCGUUUCAUGACUUUGCCCCAGUUGAGAAGACCAUCCCCAGCACGCCGAAACCCCCCGCGAUCUCCUCCCCUCGAUCGUUGACUGCGCUCCGACAGCGGCUGCCAGCGGCGGCAGUCCUUCGACUUAACCCCGACGGAACCGCUCUCAUUAACCGGCCGCAUCGAGAGGCGAUCCGGUUUCUCGUGUUGCGGACCCUAAAGGCGCAGGACUCCGGACGGGUACUCACUGCCAACGAAGGGCUCCGGCGUUCGCGGCUUGCCGGCGCGCCGAACCUCGGCUCGCUCGCGGUCAUGAGCCGCAGAGGACUGUUAGCUUAGCCUAGCCUAGCCUAGACAGCCACUAGGAAACACGGUCUUAGAAUAGCCUAGCCUAGCCGUCAGGAAACGCAAGGCAUCGGCGAAGAUAACCGGUGUGCGGCGCUGAGCGCACACUGACACUUAUUUACAUCACAUUGAACUCAUACAUGAACAGAGACAACAAUUCGUAUCUAGACGAAUAAGUUUCGGCGGCGACUAGGCGUUGUGUGUGUAUACAUUGUUUUUUUCCGGCGCGGCAUGGCGGAGAACAGCCGGCAGAAACACGGGGACGGCGGCGGCGGCAGCCCAGGCUCCAGCCCGCUGCCGGGGCGCAGGAAGGCGCAGCAGUCCCCGGGAGCCCGAGCGCGGUGCCGGCUGGCCGGACCGGGACACAGCUUCAGGAGGGUGACCCUGACCAAGCCCACCUUCUGCCACCACUGCAGCGACUUCAUAUGGGGGCUGGUCGGCUUCCUGUGCGAAGUGUGCAACUUCAUGUCCCAUGAGAAGUGCCUAAAGCUGGUGAAGGCUGCAUGUUCCUGCAUGGCGCCCUCUCUGGUGCGGGUCCCGGUCGCACACUGCUUCGGUCCGUCGGGACACAAGAAGAGGUUCUGCUGCGUGUGCCGCAAGUCCCUGGAGGGCAGCCCCGGCCUGCGAUGCGAGGUGUGUGAGCUGCACGUCCAUGCUGACUGCGCCCCGUUCAGCUGCAGCGACUGCCGCCUCUGUCACCAGGAUGGGAGCCUGGACUACGACAUAUACCAGCAUCACUGGCGGGAGGGGAACCUAUCGUCGGGGGCACGCUGCGAGGUGUGUCGUCGGACCUGCGGCUCAUCAGACGUCCUGGUGGGCGUGCGCUGCGAGUGGUGCGGGAUCACGGCACACGCUUCCUGCUACGUGGUCCUGCCCCCCGACUGCAGCCUGGGUCGUCUGCACAAUAUGAUUCUGCACCCCAGCUGCGUGCGCAUCUGCUCACGCAACUUCAGCAAGCUGCACUGCUUCCGGAUCUCCGAAAGCCCUCAGGCCGAGCUGGAUUGCACUGACGAUGUCGAUACCCCAAGUGUGGUAGCGGCCAGUAAGGAGAACCAGUCAUCGUCAUCGCCGGAUUCAGGGAAACAGUCGCUGAAGGUGUUCGACGGCGACGAUGCCCUCAAACGCAACCAGUAUCGCCUGGUCAGCAUCCCCCGCAUCACCAAAAACGAGGAGGUGGUGGAGGCAGCUCUGCGCGCAUUCUACAUUCCGGAGGAGCCGCAGGACUACGAGCUGCAGGUGUAUGGCCAGCAGGCCCUGGUCAGCGAUGACAUCAUCAACCGCAACGGCACUCCCGACAACAAGUCCGUCUUCAAGGACUGCGUCCCAGAGGUGUGGGUCUUGAGGGCCAAGCCCAAAGAGACGGACGUGCUGAAAAUCUACGCGGGUUGGCUAAAGGUGGGUGUGGCCUACAUCUCAAUCACCUUAUCCAAGAGCAGCACUGUAGACGCCGUCAUCCGAGAGGUCCUGACCCAACUGGGCAAGCAGAAUGAAAACCCCGCUGGAUUCAACUUGGUGGAGGUAUUCAUGGGAAGUAAACAAGUGCAACGGCAAGUUCUGACUGGCCAGGAACUUCUACUUGAUAAAGUUCAACAGAUCAGGAAGACGUCCCUGAGGCAGAUGAACCAGACACGUUUCUACAUCGUGGAGCACCGGAACUCUGUAGUGCAGGUGAACCUGCUGCUUGGGGGUUUUCCUACACAGCUCAUCCGGGAGGACUACGCAGACCUGUUACGGGAGCACCUGGCCACCAAAAGUCACUUGGUUACUGUCACCCAUGUUUAUUCUGAACAAGGGGUCGUGGUCCUGCAGAUCACCUGUUUCUCUGAAGCGGAGAGGAUCUACAUGUUGGCCAAAGACACCACAAUCAACGGCAAGCAGCUCUACUCCCUGGUGAUUCCCGAGAUUAUGCAUGAGAAGUUACCACAAGGGUGCUGUCCUCUCCUGGUUUUCGUCAACCCCAAGAGCGGAGGAUUGAAAGGACGCGAGAUACUGUAUAAUUUCCGGAAACUUCUUAACCCACACCAGGUGUUUGAGCUAACUAGUGCUGGACCUCUUCCUGGGCUGCACACCUUUCGGGAGCUUACCCACUUCCGAAUCUUGGUAUGUGGAGGUGAUGGGACAAUGGGCUGGGUGCUGGGGGUGCUGGAGGAGGUGCGCCACAGACUGGCCUGUCCGGAGCCCGCCAUCGGCAUCAUCCCACUGGGCACAGGAAAUGACCUGUCUCGGGUACUCCGCUGGGGUGCUGGCUAUAGUGGGGAGGACCCUUAUGGUGUCCUGGUGGCCGUGGACGAGGCGGAGGAGGUCCAGAUGGACCGCUGGACCAUCCUGUUGGACGCGCAGGAGAUGUCAGAUGAAGAUAGGGGGACCGGCAUUUUGGAGCCCCCUAAGAUUGUGCAGAUGAACAACUACUGUGGCCUGGGCAUUGACGCCGAGCUGAGCCUGGACUUUCAUCAGGCCCGUGAGGAGGAGCCUGGCAAGUUUAACAGCAGGUUACACAACAAGGGCGUCUACGUGAAGGUGGGCCUGCAGAAGCUCAGCCACACCCGUAACUUCCGCAGGGACAUCAAGCUGCAGGUGGACAAACAGGACGUGGAGCUGCCCAACAUAGAAGGCCUCAUCUUCCUGAACAUCCCCAGCUGGGGCUCCGGUGCAGACCUGUGGGGCUCCGACAGUGACUCCCGUUUCGAAAAACCCCGCUACGACGACGGCAUGCUGGAGGUGGUGGGCGUGAACGGUGUGGUGCACAUGGGUCAGGUGCAAAGUGGGCUUCGCUCCGGCAUCCGCAUUGCCCAGGGCACCUACAUCCGAAUCACGGUGACCAAGCCCAUCCCCGUGCAGGUAGACGGGGAGCCCUGGAUCCAGGCUCCAGGACACAUCAUCAUCUCAGCAGCCGGGCCCAAGGUACGCCUGCUCAAGAAGACCAAGAACAAGCAGAAGAAACAGUCGGGCAGUUUGAAGGAGAACCCGACAUCCAGUGAAAGGGAACACUGACCUCCCCCCCCCCUCCCCCCAACACCAGGGGUUCCACAUUUAGACUUGAAGCUCAUUGGUCGUGAAUAUCACAGCUGGACAUACAGAUGCAAGGUGGCGAUCGCUCCGGCCUUCCCAAGUACAGGGGAUUCCUGGAACAUACGGGAGUGUCAGGGUCCAGUGACUGCUUGGAUGCAGUUUCGUCAGAACUUUCAUGUACUCAGACUCGUUCACAAUUCUUGGACCAUGCUGACCACAUGCGGUUGGGGUCUUGGGUAUGACUCAAACAUAAAUUGGCAGGACCGGCUCCAGUACCACAAACGUGAUGUACCGAACACCUUGACAAAGUUUACCAUUAAGCUGAAGUAAGUUAUUGGAUGGGAAUGCGGACCACUGCCUGUUGCCACAAGGUCGUCACGUCCAUGAGAAUCAAGCUGAAUUCUUUUCUUGGGCUUACCUAUGUGGCUUGCUUUGACUGAUUUUGAGGAUCGGCUCUGGUGAUAUGAACGGGUCAUAACGAGUCUCAGACAGGUGAUGGGUCACUUCCCCCGGUGUCAGAUAGUAGAAACCAGUGGUGUGCAAUGACAAUGAGCAAUCACUCUGUUAUCGAGACCAGACAAAUCCUUUCCAGAGAUACUCCGUUUGUGUAUUUUGGCGUGUUAUAGACAAAUGUCUGGUGCUUUUUGUACACUGACAGGCAUGCCCACCGAAAGGAAUGCCUGUCUGAUUUCAGAGCUGUAGUUCACCAGAUGAGCACAUAAAGAUUGUAUUAGUACCUUUUUUAGUCUUCAGACUUUCACUGUGAUGUUUCACUGUCUGUUACAUACAGUGUUUCAAGUGGCUUCGAUUUGAAGUGGUCCUGAGUUUGCCGUAUCAAUUAAUUAACAGGCUUCCUUCUCUUUCCAUGGAGGUAACUGUAUUUUAAAUAGUACUGUGUGUCCUUUCGGAAUAUUUAAUUCGGUGUUAACUUAUGCGUGUAACGGCUGUGUGUAUCGUGUUCUCAUCAGUAUCUGCAUCUCUCUCCAACGACGGAUAGCUGUCCGGUGGAUGUUCGGAUGCUCCUGAGGUUAUCAGUUAGAGUUUGGAAGAGGCACAGACCAAAAGAUGCAGAGAUGUACUGCUUUUGUGGGGGGGCGGGAAGUAUUCGCAUCCAUCUUUACAGACAAACGUGGGGGGAAAAAACUAGACGUAUUCCCUAAAAAAACGGGCAAACCCAUGAGUCUGAGACCUGAUUUUUCCUAAAUCAUUUUGCCGUGUUUAACGCGAGUGCAACUCCACAAGCAGGUGGCCUUAGGAGCUUAACGCAGAAAGUUAGAGGACCAAUGCUCAAACAUUCCUAGAUGUGACUCGUGCUAUAUUUGCAUGUGUAGACCAAAGUGCGGUGCGUAAGUACUUCAGUACUCUGUCGUCGACUGUUUGUGAGACGCUUCCUACUUAGGAAGAGCGACCUCGUAAAACGGUAGCGUUACAAAAAAACGUUGCUUCUACGUGACGGAAAUAUCAUGAGAGCGAUGUGCUGGCUGGUCAGUGAUCGAAGCGAUCAUGAAUGUACCGAUCUGCUGCCCUAGGUCAUCUACCUCCUUAAGCUGAUCACUCCUGAAUAGUGUCUCUGUCAUAGUAUUUGUCCAGUUAAUUUGGUUUCAUCUGCAAAUGUCUCAUAAUUUGUUAUACAUAAAGUCAUACAUGCAUUCACACCUGUAUGUAUGUUCAUAGUUAUAUAAAGAAAAGGGUGAAGGACAUGUUUGCCCUGGUAGGAUUCCUGAAGUGCCAACGGACUGACCAAGGUUAAAGGUCAAAUGUUGGUGGUUUUAAGUGUUGAUUGGCUAAUGAGACCAAGCGACCUUUUCGCCCCAAAAAGGCCCAUCCCAUUCUGCUUCCACUCAGCCCGAGUGCGGCCUUCCCUCAGUGAUGCCUCCGCUCGGCACCGCCCGCCUGCCCCCAUCUUCUUCCAGAUCUGGAACAUGACCAUUGCAGAAAGGCGGUCAGUGGGGGGCGUGGCCUGACCUCACAGGACACGGUCGUAGGUUCGGUGACCGAAGUAAAUCCGCGUGCCUCUUGCUCGUGACUUUCCUUGCUACUCUUCUGUAUCUUCGUUUUCAUUGUAGGCAGUAUUUCUGUAUUCUUUGGAGUUCAAUUUAGUGUCCAAAUGUCUGUAUAUUUUUGAAGAGUUUUUUUUUUUUAACCGUAAAGAAAAUUGCACUGACUGUAAUGUUUUACAAUAACAUGAAUGUCGAAAUAACUAUAUAAAUUAGAUUAACGUACAUGUUAAAAGGUUAUAUAUAUAUAUAUAUAUAUAUAUUUAUAUAUGUUAAAAUUAUUAGCACAGUUUGUACUGUCUCAUUGUGCUUGUGUACUUGGGCCAGAAGGUUAUUGUUUGUCAGACUGCAGUUUGGAGAACAAAUGAUGUUAGGUGGUUCCACUUAGCAUGUCGUCUGCAGGCUGGUAUUUGCAUUGCAUGACUGCGCUCGCAAUAACAAAUACAAUGACCAACAAACAUAAUCUAGGAUAAAUAAAGUGUUUGAAAAUGAAA